AUGGUGACCAAUUCUGAAUUGGCAAGGAAAGUGGAAGAUCGGGAGGAAAAGAUUAGGCUCCUGAAGGAAAAUUUGGAAAGAUUGGAGAGUAAGCUUGGUGAUAUUGAGACCAAGGCAGAAGAAGUGUAUGUACAAUUGGAAGGAGUAGAAGGAAAGGGUAAAGAAGUGGCAGAGAUAGAAAAGAAACCUGAACCUGAUCCUAUCUUAAAGAAAGAACCUUUGUUGAAGGCAUUGAAGGCCUUGAUGCCCACAAUCAGUGCAGAUCCAGAUGAAUUGCAGGAUUUCUGUGUAGCUGAUACUUCCUCUUCAACAGUUUUCAUUAAUGGACUGCCUUGUAUUAAUCCCAGCAACGCUUCUGCAAACCACUUUACUACAUCCAUUUUGAACACACCGGGAAACACAUCAAGCAGUCCAUUCGGAGCAAGUGUGAUUGCCACUACAACAGAUGUUCUCCCUGGCAUAAACACAUUAGGGUUAAUAAUGGCACGCGUAGAUCUUGCAGUGGAAGCAGUUCUUCCACUUCACUAUCACCCACGAGCCUCUGAAUUAUACUUCGUUCUGCAGGGAAAUCUGAGAGUUGGGUUUGUGGACACAAGCAACAAGCUUUUCUCCUCAGACAUCAAAACAGGAGAUGUUUUUUUGUUCCCCAAGGGCCUCAUACACUUUGUUCAGAACAUAGGAAACGACCCUGUCUCUGUCAUAGCAGCUCUUGACAGUCAAGCUCCCGGUACCUCUAUCAUUCCCUUGGCCACUUUUGCUUCCAAUCCAGCAAUUCCCAACACUGUUUUGGCCAAGACAUUCCAGAUUAACGAUACGGAAGUGGACACAAUCAGAAAGAAGCUCGGUGGCAGCUAG